AUGAGUUCAAGUUCGAAAGUAACUUUGUUCCCCUGGGAUCCCAAUUCGGAUGUUCACCUGAAAUGCCUCGUUUCGCAGCGAGUCGAAUGCAAUUGGGACCAGGGAAAGGUUGAGACAAAAUGGAAGAAGCAACAGCUCAAAGGCGAGAAGUGCAUUUAUUGGAUUGAGAAUGAAAUGCUUCAAGACACAGCGACAACAAUCAAUGCUGUCCCACGCCAGCCAACAAAAGAAAGCUUCAUCCCCAUUGGCCACAUUUCACUGGAUUCCAAGAACCCUGAUGUGGAGCACAUUGAGCUUGAUCUGCCGGCCGUGAACAUCUUCUGGAUAAAGACAUUCUACAUCAGACGGUCCAUCCAGGGUCGGGGAAUCGGGCGAGCUGCAAUGGAUGAGGUCGAGGCCAUGGCAGUCCGAGAGCCACUACUAGCCAAGAUAUUGAUGCUAGACACAGUACAGAAAGAUGAUCAGAAGAGAGAAGAAUUCGCAAAUGUCACAUAUGGUGGCAUUCCAAAGACUAUAAACCAGGAAUGGUAUGCUCGUCGAGGUUACCGAUUGAUCAAGACUGCGCAGGAUUAUUAUCAGGACCCAGAUAAGAAUGGGAAGGUUUGGGAUACAAGGACGGUUUUUAUGAGAAAGGAUAUUGCAGGGGAUCAGUAA